AUGUGGGUUGUCACGGUCAUCGCUGUGUCCUGUGUCCUUGUCGGUCCAUCUCUCGCCGGGGUCAAGGACCUGGGCUCUCACUUCAGCUUCUAUGACCAGAGUCCGACCCCAAACACUGAGCCGGACCCACGAGGCCUCGGCCAGGGUGGAGCUCUGGACAUGGAGAACAUUCCUCUGGAGUUCCACAAAGAGAACACUGUGACCAAUGAUCUUCCCCUGGAAGGCUUUGAGGACGAAGACUACAUCGACUUUGACAAAAUCCUGGCUGAGGGAGGGGACGACUACAGUGAGGGGGAUGAGAUUGAUGAGAUCGCAACUCCCGCUCCGUAUAUCGACAUCUUCGCUGAACCCUCAGAUCCAAAGACGCGGCGCGCCCGACUCCUGAGCCUAUUUCACGACCGCUCACGCCUCCAACGAAUCAACGUGGUCAACGCCCACUUUGGCUUCAACCUCUACCGCAGCCUUCGGAACAAGGUCAACCAGACCCACAACAUUCUGCUGGCGCCCGCCGGAAUCUCCAUCGCCAUGGGCAUGAUGUCACUGGGAGCGGGGCCUGGAACACAUUCUCAGCUCUACCGGGUGCUGGGAUUCGCCAAUUUCGUCAACGCCAGCAAUCACUACGACAACGCCACGGUGCACAAGCUGUUCCGGAAGCUCACACACAGACUCUUCCGACGCAAUUUCGGGUACACGCUGCGAUCCGUUAAUGACCUGUACGUGAAAAAGGAGGUGGCGGUGGAACCGAGUUUCCGGGCAGACACCAAGGCAUACUAUUUUGCAGAGCCCCAAUCGGUGGACUUCAGGGACAAGGCGUUUCUGGACAAGGCUAACCGGCGCAUCUCAAAGCUGACCAAAGGACUGAUCAGAGAACCACUAAAAAAUGUGGACCCCAAUAUGGUGCUGAUGCUGCUCAACUACCUCUACUUUAAAGGUACGUGGGAGCAGAAAUUCCCAAAGGAGAUGACUCACUACCGGAACUUCCGUGUGAAUGAGAAAAUAAAUGUUCGAGUGCCAAUGAUGCAGAAGAAAGGGAACUACCUGGCGGCUGCAGACCACGAACUGCAGUGUGACAUCCUACAGCUCCCCUAUGUGGGGAACAUCAGCAUGCUCAUCGCCCUGCCCAGGAAGAUCUCCGGCAUGAGGAACCUGGAGCAAGAGAUCUCCCCCACAGUGGUCAACAAAUGGCUCAGCAACAUGACCAACAGGACGCGUGAGGUGGUGUUCCCCAGGUUUAAGCUGGAGCAGAGUUAUGACCUGAUAGACAACCUUAAGGAGAUGGGCCUCACAGACCUCUUUGAGGAGAGGGGUGACUUCACUGGGAUGACUUCAGAGAAGAUCGCAAUUAACUGGUUGAAGCACCAGGGGACGAUCACGGUGAACGAGGAGGGGACGGAGGCUGCGGCCCUGACCCAGGUGGGCUUCAUGCCCCUCUCCUCACAGAUACGAUUCGUUAUAGACCGGCCAUUCCUCUUCCUCAUCUAUGAGCACCGCACAGACUGCCUCGUCUUCAUGGGCCGCGUGGUCGACCCCUCACAGAGCUAAACGCUUGGUAACUCUGUAGUUCAUUCUAUCUAGAAAAAUGUACCUACUAACAUUAAUACUUUUUGGGGGAUUGUAUUAACAGUGGACUAAUUAACAAAAUACUUUUUUUUUUAUGAACUAUCUUUUAAAAUGUCCUUUUCAGCUAGCAUUCACCCAAAGUAGGAAGCCGUUUCAAAAAUAUUGGCCUGGUAACCAAUUCUGCUGAUCCUACAAUGGGACUAUUAGCUGUCAUGGCGAACUGUAUGAACCUGUGUCUGAGAGAGGUUAGUCAGGAGUGUUGAUAUUUGCUGUCUGUUAAUGUUCCAUCUCUCUAUACAUCUACAGUGGAAGUUGUUCGACUUGAAACACUAAGCUUUGGCUAUUCAAUAAAUGUUUUAGGGGAAAACAAUAUAGUCAAUUUGACCAUGACUUUCUUGUUUAGUUUUUUUUAUGUUGGAUGUUUGGAUUUUCUGAAAAGUGUUUAGCAAACCUGUGUAUGUAAAGUUCUGUCUAGAAUGUUAGAUAAAAUGAUAUACAAAAGCA